AUGAUUUCCCUCCCAGGUCUCAACCUGGCGUCACAGCCCAUUGAGCCUACAAAUGCGCCCGCUUCGACCACGAUACGAACCCAAGAUCUCGCAGCCAACACCGAAUACCGCUUUGAAGUCGCGUUUGGCAAGAAUCUCACCAUUAAGCUACAAUCAGGAACCGCCGAGUUCUUUGGCACUGAGCUCGGGCCCGCAACCACCUAUACAUUCGAAGGCACCAAGGGCGCCAUCUUCACGUGGCAUGGCUGCAGACUAGAGAUUGGUGGUGAAGUCGAAUCAGACUACGUUGCAGAGGAAACUCCCAUGAUGAGCGUGGCCAAUCUGCACUUUGCCCUCGAAGAUCUCAGAGACAAAAGUAUAGCCAGUGGCAACGCAGACCUGGGUCCAAGAGUACUCGUCGUGGGUCCAGAUAACUCUGGCAAGACAUCGCUGGUCAAAAUUCUGACUUCUUAUGCGGUAAAGACCGGACGGCAGCCCAUGGUCAUCAAUCUAGAUUCCCGAGAAGGCAUGCUCAGUAUACCAGGCUCCUUCUCCGCCGCUGCUUACUCUUCGAUAAUUGACAUCGAGCAGGGCUGGGGAAGCAGUCCCAUCUCCGGACCCAGCCCGAUACCCGUGAAGCAGCCCCUGGUAUACCAGUACGGUCUCAAAGAUGCAGAGGAAGGCAAGGUGUUCAAGCCACUGGUAACACGCAUGGCACUAGCCGUCACAAGUAGACUGGAGGAAGACACAGCAAGCAAGCAAGCAGGCUUCAUCAUUGAUAGCUCGGGCUCCAUCAGCCAAGGCAAGAAUGGCGUCUACGACAACAUAGAACACAUUGUUUCUGAGUUUUCUGUAAACAUCGUCAUCACCCUCGGCUCCGAACGUCUCUACUCAGACCUCUCCCGCAAAUUCUCCACGCGCUCGCCCGACCCCGCCGACGCCAUCUCCGUGAUCCGCCUCGACAAAUCAGGCGGCUGCAUCGACCGUUCAGAACCCUACAUGCGCGCACUCCGCCACUCGCAAAUCCGGUCCUACUUCUUCGGAUCAGGCGAAGCGCUGCCGCUAGCCCCCUCGUCGCAAAUGGCCGACUUUGCAGACCUAAACAUCUACCGUGUCAAGGAGGCGGAUUCGGGCUUCGUGUCCAGCGCCGGGGAUGCCGCGGAUUACGGGUAUGGGUAUGGAAAUGGGAGUGGUGGUGAGGUAGAAGAGAUAUAUGAAAAGGUUGGGGUUACGGCGGCGGAGCUGCAGGAUUCGUUGCUGGCGGUUACGAUGGCGGGCGCGGGGGAUAAGCAUGGGGCGAUUCGUGAUGCGUGUGUGAGGGGGUUUGUAUAUGUUGCGGAUGUGGAUGAGGCGAAGAGGAAGGUUAAGCUGUUGAGUCCGAUGCCGGGGUCGGUCGCGGGGAAUGCGCUGGUGCUUGGGCGCUGGCCGGAGGAUGUUCCUGGGUUGGUGAAUUAG